UCACCUACUCUUUUUGCUUUAGAAAUACUUAUUCGCUCGCCUACUGCUUUUCCCCUACUAAAUAGUAGAGAAGUAGGCGGUUUCGGACGCAGUCACUUACUUUGCUGAGUAUUGUUUAGCCCUUUAUCUGACCUUGUCUCCGUGUUUCCUUGUCGUUGCCUUGCCUUUGUUUUUGACCCUGGACUGUUUUCCUUGUUUGAUGAUCGUUUGCUGCCUGUCUUGACCAUUGCCUGUGUUUGGAUUACUCUUUUGCCUUGCCCUCUUGUAUCUGUUUGCUGGUGUUUGACCUCUGCCUGUAUGACUGCGCUCAUAUUAAUAAAGCCUGCACAUGGAUCUCCAACUCUGUUGUCCAGUUCCCUUCGUUACAGUUUUAACUGACUAAAGCCAAACUAUUUUGUUUAAACAACAGCAUGCUGUGUCCAUUUCAUCAGGUAAAGACAGCAGCUGAGGUGGCUCAAUGCAUCAUCAAAUUCUUCCAUCAGUUUGAGGUUCUGAAAAGGAUACUGACUGAUCCAGGCACAGUGUUUGUGAAUGCGGUACUUUUGAUAAACAAGAAUGUAUGUGUCAUGCUUGGAAUUAAAAGGAGCCUUUGUUCACCGUACCAUCCUCAAACGAAUGGACUGGUAGAGAGGAUGAAUGGUACAAUUCAAAGAGCUCUCAGCAAGCUGGUGGCACAAAAACUGGAAAAUUGGGAUGAGUACUUGGAGGCAGUAAUGUUUGGGUUGAGGAAGAAAAAACAAAUCACCACUAAGUUCUCCCCAUUCUUUUUGAUGUUUGGCCGAGAGGCUCUGUACCCAACAGAGGUGCCAGAACACUUCAUGGUUGUUAAACACAACCAGAUCGGGAACUACCUGCUCACUGAAGAGCUUCCUGCAGCCAGUCUUGAUCCUCAAGUGGAAUUUGGUAAAAUAUGGUCAAAUACAUUUAAAUUAUUAUUAGAAAAAAACAUGGAGAGCCUCUCUGCUAUGAUGUCUGACUCCCCUGAAAUCCAGAGGGCAUCAUCAUCAUGGACUUUCAGGCAGCAGCAAGCCUCACAAAGAUGGAAGGAGGCAAGGCCAUUCCACCUUAAAUGCCUCAUCCAAACUCAGGAUGUUGGCCAACCAUUUUGUAGCAAGCCUGCGGUUGUUAGAUGCAGAAGUGUCUACCAGAUCAGUGGUUCUGUGAAACCUGCGAUACCAAGAAUCACAGGAGAUGGCCACUCCACGAUAGGGAGUCAGUCCUUGAGGGCUUUUUUCCCAUCCACAUAUUUUGUAAGAGGGGAGGGAGGAUACAGCUCACACGACCAAGCUUGUAUUUUGCCAACGGUGAGAGUGACUCAAAAAUGUCCCUGUGAAGUCCCCAGCAUAACUGUGUCACCUGGCAAAGCGGUCAUUUUAAUUUCCAUCAAUGGGCGUUAUGACAUGCACCAGCCAUUGUUUGCAUGCCAAACAUGCCAGCAGCAGUGGGCUCCAGAGUUCAUGGACCUCGUAAACAGUGGAUACUGGCCAGCUUCCACCAGCUCUUCUACUUUGAAUUCCCUCAAUCUUUUCAGCAUUGUAAGAGAACUGAAAAUCAUCGCACCGGCACUGUCCAGACAAGCCUUUGCAAAACUGCUGGAGCAUCGUACAAAGUGUGGUGGGCAGUCAGGACCAGUGUGCGGGGACACGCUGCAGCGCAGCUUCCUGGAGUUUUCCUAUUGUGCUUUUGAGGAAGAUAACUUGUCCUGUGGUGCACCUUUCACCUGCCCCGCUUGCACCCCAGACAUGUUGGCAAUCUCUGUGGAUGGCAACAGGAAGCUAUACCGGUUUCUCCUAAACGGAAGCUCCGACUCUUUGUUUUUUGAAGGGGCAUUUAUCGCAGAAGACACAUCUGUGUCUGCAUUUGUUGAUGUCUUGCAUUAAGCUGUGAAACAGCUACCUGGACAAGGCAGAUAUGGGAGCUCCUCAUGGACAGCAGCGAAAGGAGACUUCUAGGAGGACCUUCAAGUUGGACGAAGAGGGCAUGGAGGUUGCGGUGUGUCGGCAUAGUUUCCUCCUUAAAGCGCUUAAUAUGUUUAGUGGGUCAACUGCGGGGGAGGAAGUUGAACAGGUGAACAGCUACCUCUCCCGCUGUGCCUUAACGACUAAAUACAUGUCAAAAGGAGCACGUGUGGAUAUGCUUACAAUCCAUGCUAUGGCCUGGAACUACAAAAAAAUCACAACACUACAUCGGGCAUUGUCUGCAAGAUAUGUGAAGGUGUUCUCUGUAAAUGGUUUCAAUUUGUGGUUAUUGUGUAGCUUUGUGUAACUGUAUUGUUUAACUGUCGCAUUAGACUUGCCAGAGGCUUCAGGAGGAGACUGCAAGUCUAGCGGAACUUAAAGAAAGCUUGGCAAUAAGGUAAUAAGGUAAUAAGGCACAUUACCUCUAUGCACGCUUCAGAAAUUACAAUGCAUUUAAAUGUCAUGUUUACCAUCAUCAUCGGCAGUCAUCUUCUGCAUCACAGUGUGUCUCAGUUCUCUGUUGCUGAAAGCCACUCAGAUGAAGGGCAGAUGAUGAUGGGGUGAGGAGGAUAUACUAGACCCUGCACAACUGAAGAGCUUACAUAUGAGAAAUCUGUCCACGUUUUACAUGAAGUUGCAGGCGAAGCACCUGAUCCCUUCCUCCACAGUACAGUUAAUUGUAAAAGAGAUUAAUAAGCUCAGUGGAGUGUGCCAGCAGUACACAAACAAUCAACUACAAGUAUCUCUUCAAACAAAAACUAAACUCUCUGAGACAGAAAUUGAAGAUGUUUUGAAAACCCUAGAUGGCAUGGAUAACAGAGAAAACAGUACUUUGAGGAAGAUUUUCCCUAUGUGCAUCCAAAAUGCAUUUUUCUGGGGAUUGAUGAAAACAGAAAGGAGUGACAUGCCCAGUAUAUUCCCAUAAAAGACACAUUAACAGCUCUCCUGAAAGAACCUGCUGUGUGGAAAGAAUGGUGUACAUUUAGGAAUGAGAGUACACCUCUUAUUUUUAAUGAUGUAUGUAAUGGAUCUGCUCAACUAUGCCAAGGUAAAUUCAAUUUUACAAUCUGGAGCACCUUUAAAUUCAUUUUAUUCUUCUCAUACUGGCAUUUCUUUCAAUGUGUCUUUAUCUGUCACGGUGAGAAGGUGCAUCGAUUUCCCUUCCACUGGUGUGUAGUACUGGAUCUUUUGGGCUUAGACCUGAUAAUCAUGCUUUCGUGUGUGUUACAGCUGAAGCGUUCCUGCCUGUGAGUCUCUGAGCAUCAGCUCCAGUUAUUCUUGCCACACAGACCGUCUGAGUCUAAUAUGGGAUUUUAUUUUCAUUUCAUCAAUAGAUAAAUGGAGACCCUCUUUAUAAAGAGGACCUGUGCUGGAGAGUUCCCUUCGCCCACCUCUGACCAGUUUGGGACGACAAUGCUGUGUGUGAACAGGACCUUUAUUUUGGAGUGACGACAUGACGUCAUAAGACUGCGCCGCGCUCCUGCAUCUGCUGUUAUUCUGCUGAAGAAAGGUUUGUUUUAAGAAUUUAAUCGGUUUUAAUCGACAGAAACAGUUUUAAUUGUUUUUUUUAAUAGUUUUACAAGCGAUGUUAAAUGAGUUUAUUCACUAUUUAAUGUAACAUUGUGAUUCUUUAUCUAACUGUAAUGAAGGAUAUUUGUUUGAGUAAAACCAAAGACUAUAGAAUUAUACAGUCUUAAAUGAACUUUGGUAAAACUCAUAUCCACUGAUGAGAAACAGUAAACCUGCGUCUCAUUUCUCUCUCUCUAUAUAUAAAUCAGUUUAUCAUGAACACGAGUUCAGUCUCUGGAGAGUCAUGAUGGA